UAUCUGUGGUUGGAUCAUCGAGAUCUCGAGGUUAUUUGGUCGCAAUGCAGAAGCGAAUAGCCUUGUCGUUCCCAGAAGAGGUACUAGAGCAUGUAUUCUCGUUUAUUCAGCUGGAUAAGGAUAGGAACUCAGUCUCUCUGGUGUGCAAGUCAUGGUACGAGAUCGAGCGGUGGUGCAGGAGGAAAGUCUUCAUCGGGAACUGUUACGCCGUGAGUCCAGCCACGGUGAUUAGGAGGUUCCCGAAAGUGAGAUCCGUGGAGCUUAAGGGGAAACCUCACUUUGCUGACUUUAAUUUGGUACCUGACGGAUGGGGAGGUUACGUGUAUCCAUGGAUUGAGGCCAUGUCUUCGUCUUACACGUGGCUUGAAGAGAUAAGGCUGAAGAGGAUGGUGGUGACCGACGAUUGCUUGGAGCUCAUAGCCAAGUCCUUUAAGAAUUUCAAGGUUCUUGUGCUUUCUUCCUGCGAAGGCUUCUCCACCGAUGGUCUCGCUGCUAUCGCUGCCACUUGCAGGAAUCUGAAAGAGCUUGAUUUACGAGAGAGUGAAGUUGACGAUGUUAGUGGCCAUUGGCUUAGCCAUUUCCCAGAUACUUACACAUCUUUGGUAUCACUCAAUAUCUCUUGCUUAGCGUCUGAGGUCAGUUUCUCUGCUCUGGAAAGGCUGGUGACUAGGUGUCCCAAUCUCAAGUCUCUCAAGCUUAACCGUGCUGUUCCUCUUGAAAAAUUGGCUACUUUACUUCAAAGAGCUCCUCAGUUGGAGGAAUUGGGCACUGGUGGGUACACUGCAGAAGUGCGACCAGAUGUUUACUCUGGUUUAUCUGUAGCGCUCUCUGGAUGCAAGGAUUUGAAGUGCUUAUCUGGAUUUUGGGAUGCUGUUCCUGCCUAUCUUCCAGCAGUUUAUUCAGUUUGCAGUCGGCUUACAACUUUGAAUCUGAGUUAUGCAACAGUCCAGAGCUAUGAUCUUGUCAAGCUACUUAGUCAAUGCCCAAAACUGCAGCGCCUCUGGGUGCUUGACUACAUUGAGGAUGCUGGUCUUGAGGUGCUUGCUUCAACCUGCAAGGACCUACGCGAGCUGAGGGUGUUUCCGUCUGAGCCUUUUGUCAUGGAACCAAAUGUGGCAUUGACGGAACAGGGGCUUGUCUCCGUCUCCAUGGGCUGUCCAAAACUCGAGUCGGUUCUCUACUUCUGCCGUCAAAUGACCAAUGCUGCAUUGAUAACCAUUGCUAGGAACCGUCCCAACAUGACUCGCUUCCGUUUGUGCAUCAUUGAGCCAAAAGCUCCAGACUAUCUGACUCUAGAGCCACUGGAUGUUGGAUUUGGAGCCAUAGUAGAGCACUGCAAAGAUCUCCGUCGCCUCUCUCUAUCUGGCCUCUUGACCGACAAGGUUUUUGAAUACAUUGGGACAUAUGCCAAGAAGAUGGAAAUGCUCUCAGUGGCAUUUGCAGGAGACAGUGACUUAGGCAUGCAUCAUGUUUUGUCGGGGUGCGAUAGCCUGAGGAAACUAGAGAUAAGGGACUGCCCGUUUGGAGACAAGGCGCUUUUGGCCAAUGCUUCAAAGCUGGAGACAAUGCGAUCCCUUUGGAUGUCUUCUUGUUCCGUGAGUUUUGGAGCCUGCAAGUUAUUAGGACAGAAGAUGCCAAAGCUGAAUGUGGAAGUCAUCGAUGAACGGGGUCCUCCGGACUCGAGACCAGAGAGCUGCCCUGUGGAGAGAGUGUUCAUAUACCGAACAGUGGCUGGUCCUCGGUUUGACAUGCCUGGCUUCGUCUGGAACAUGGACCAAGACUCAACAAUGAGGUUUUCCAGGAAAAUCAUCUCUACUAACGGAUUAUAAGACAAAUAAACGAGGUACAUUUUUCAUUAAUCCUUGUUCAUCAUCCCAUAUAAUCGUGUUCCGGUUUAGGAACAUGAGAGAGCUCUCGGUCGCCAAUAAUUUGAUUCUCGGCUGCUUCAUAUAACCAUCAAGCUCAUGAGCAAUGAAUAAGUGGAGAGAGAGAGAUCUAAGAGAGCUUUGUUCUAUUUAUGUAAGAAUUUUUUUAUUGUUGUAUGUUUGUUUACACUGAGAGAUCCUGGUGGGGUAUUUUUCUUAAGAGGAUAAGAGAUUUUUUAAAAGACAAUGUCAAAAAUGUAACUGUUCUCUUGUUUGGACUCUUUUAUCCUUUUAAUUGUUUUGUAUCUCUCUCUUUGUUGUCUUUGCCAUUUCCUUUGUCCGCUUAAUGAACUGUUUGCAGCCUU